CCAGGGUGAAAAGGAGAACCCCAUGCGAGAGCUGCGCAUCCGCAAGCUCUGCCUCAACAUCUGCGUUGGGGAGAGCGGGGACAGGCUCACCCGAGCGGCCAAAGUGCUGGAGCAGCUGACGGGCCAGACCCCCGUCUUCUCCAAAGCACGAUACACUGUAAGAUCCUUUGGAAUCAGGAGAAAUGAGAAGAUUGCUGUUCAUUGCACGGUGCGCGGGGCCAAAGCAGAGGAGAUUCUGGAGAAGGGGUUGAAGGUGCGAGAAUACGAGUUGAGAAAAAACAACUUCUCAGACACUGGGAACUUUGGCUUUGGAAUCCAGGAGCACAUCGAUCUGGGGAUUAAAUAUGAUCCCAGUAUUGGUAUCUACGGCUUGGACUUUUACGUGGUGCUGGGCAGGCCUGGCUUCAGCAUUGCUGACAAGAAACGCAGGACUGGCAACAUUGGGGCCAAGCACAGAAUUGGAAAGGAAGAAGCCAUGCGCUGGUUUCAGCAAAAGUAUGAUGGCAUCAUCCUUCCUGGUAAAUGAGCAGUUCCUGUUACCUAAAAAAGCAAAUAAAAUUUUCUAACCCCUAA